UUGAACCAGAAGCGUCGUGGUUUUCAAUCUCAUAGUGGAAGUCAGGAACGAGUUCGAACUCAUUUAUUUUUCUCUUCACAGGCUGAACAUCAUACAGCAAAACGUAAACGUCGUACUCAUAAUAAGCUCCAUCAGUUAAUGCAUCGUAAAGAUGAAAUGGUUCAGACUGGUCCUAUCGAAUUUGAACCUGAUUUAUGGUCAGGUAAUCAAAGAAUAAUUCAUUUCGGUCCUUUGGCUCAAAGAGAUCCUUAUUUUUAUUAUUAUCCUAAAGGAUGGGAUAUCCUGUAUCCGGCACAUUUCGGAUUUUUUCCUUACAGAGCAACUAAAUUUCGUGGAUCAUCAUCUGCAGUAUGUAUGGGUGCGUUUGGUGGAUUUUUUUGUAUUGGCGGUGCAUUAAUGAUAUUUCUGGGUCAUUUUGUUAUUAGUGGUCCAUUGCCAUGGUUUCAUAAUAUUUAUCUAAGAGAUCCAAUUCAAAUCGCUGGACCGAUUUUGUUCCUUUUUGGUGUUUUCUUAAUUUUGAUCGCUGCCAUUUGCUCGAUUUGUUCUCUCAAAAAACCAGAUGGCUUUUAUGAAAAGCCGCCUUAUCAGCCAUUGCCGCCUCCUGCUUAUCCUGUUCUGGAGAAUAAAUAUAUACAAUCAGCUGUUUUCAACCCCCAAUCGGAAAUGAAGCUUUAUCCUCCAGUUAUGCCAGGUUGCUCGACUUUGUCGCUACAUGGCCGAUCGCCCAGUGUUUAUCUUGGGAAUCCUUACAAUACUCUUCGCGCUGUUUCAAUCAAUCGGUAUCAUUUUAUUCUUUUGAUAACUCUGACUAUAGCGAAAGAACGUGCAUCUUCUGCCACUGUGUUUCGUAAGCGUUCUAGCGAAUCAUCUUCAGCAGUAGAUCAUCGUUCGAAAAGUCUUGCACCUUCUCAAAAAAUUGAAAAAAAUAGGGGACGUAGUCAAUUGCCUUGA